CACAGUCACAAGCACGGUGUAAAACCAUAAUUAAUAGCUUCGAUCAAUUUACAACUAUAUAACAGUGUAUUUUCUCGAGUAACAUCAUUAGUACCAUGGAAGCUUACUAUGCAUUCAUCGCGACUUCUAUGAUGGUGUCUUUAUACAUGGUAAUCAUCGUGUGCAUCUUGAUGUCUUUCUUGCCGUCGAACGCAAGAACCGUUCGCACCCAUCUGACGCUCGAGUUCAUGUAAAGAGAAAAAGUUUAUAUAAAUAUUUUAUACAGAAGCGCGAGUAUCGAGACGCAAAAUUCAGCUGAUUUUAGGAGACGACGCGUGAGAGGGCCUGAUUCACAAUGGACGCGAGGACGAGCUCGGGCGUGACGAUUACGGCGGACAAGAGCCGCGUGCAGGUGCUCGUUGACAAGGCGGCCCAGCUGAGGGCCCUGGACCAGCCGAUGAAUCUGCAGCAGCUCAUCGCCAGACUGCACGAGGCCUUCGCCACGAACGACGUCGACAUCGACCACGUGCAGGACCUCAUGUUCUCGUACAAAAGCAAUCCCCAGGAGUGGAGGCAGUUCGCCAAGUUCGAUCGCUACAGGUACACGAGGAAUCUGGUCGACGAAGGCAACGGCAAGUUCAAUCUCAUGGUGCUGUGCUGGGGCGAGGGUCACGGCUCGGCCAUUCACGAUCACGCGGACGCUCACUGCGUCAUGAAAAUCCUCCAGGGUGAACUUUGCGAGACCAAAUACAAGUGGCCAAAGUCAAGCUCCACGGAAGAAGAGAACGACGACUCAUGCCUGGGAGAGCUCGAGGAAAUCGGCAGGUGUAAUUAUAAGACCAACGAAGUUACCUACAUAAACGAUUCGAUCGGCCUGCAUCGAGUGGAAAACGCGAGCACGGUCAAUCCGGCGGUGUCGCUGCACCUCUACUCGCCACCCUUCGAGGCCUGCUCGAUUUUCAAUAAACAGACUGGAAAGAGGACCAAGUGCCCGGUGACGUUCUGGUCCAAGUUCGGCGAGCGCCGUUGCAAGGAGAUUCAAAACUCUAGGAUGCCGGAGGACAAUUGAGAGCGUUACCAGUUUUACACGCACAUAAUAUAUAUAUAUAAAUACUGACAUAUGCUUAUGUAUGUGUCUGUACAGUUUACAUAUAUAAUAUUUACAAGUGUAUCUGUUCAUUUUUAUAUGUUUAAAUGUAUACAUACGCAUACUAUCCGUGCUAUGCAUAGACACUUUUUGUAUAUAAACACAAAACUCGAUGUAUUUUACGCAACAACGAAAAAAAUUGCUGCGCAGUGGUCAAAUGACGGUUGCUUUUAUUUUAGGCGGACACGGAUUCCAAAAAACAAAAAAAAAGACACAAGCUCGCAAACUUUAGGACGUACCACAUUAUUGCGCGCGAAUCUUUUAAGCUUUGAAACAAAACAAAUUAUUUUUAUAUUAUAUAAUGAACGUGGCUAUUUUUACUCAUGAUAAUAAAAAUUGUACAAUCAAUUU